GCACUCACGCAUGCGCAGACCCAAACCCCGUUUCUUCGUCAAUGCGAAGAAACUGCGUUGCUGGGUUUUUUUUGGGACCCCCAAAAUGUCCUUAUUUGUCGACACACUGGGCGCUCUUCUGUUGAUGAUACUCGGAUACCGACGAUUUACUCAUUUUUAGACGACUUCUACUGCGAGGAGCAUUUCAACUCCGGGGAAUAUCAGUUGUGUUGCGGAUGUGAGAUAGGUCACCGUUUGUCUCCAGUGAAAUUGGACAAGAGCAAAUUUGGAUUAUUUUACCAGUGGGCCAUUGCUCAGAGGUUGGGCAUCUGUAAGAGGGCUGUGUGUUUUGUUCCUCACCAGCAAGUCCUUAUGCUCGACAGAAGCUACAGCCUGCGUUUUACAGAAUGGGUGAUGCGGACUUAAAGAAAAUUUGUAUACCAACAUCAGCACCCUGUGCCCUGCUGUGGUGUUCAAACCUUUUCCAAAAGAAUACCACCCAUCCGCCUCCUCCUAUCUCUGCACUAUGUGUAUAAAGACGGACUUCAAGCAACAAGAAAAAGACACUUGAGUUUUUUUGUUGUUGUUUUGUUUUUUUAACUUUUAGUUCGCAGAUACUGCUUAAGACAACAUCCUUUAGCCGACAUGGAACUCUCAUUUUAAUUUUUCAGUUCUUGUCCCUCCUUGUACUCUUUGUGUGGGAUGUCGGAAAAGCCUGAUGAAAACAUGGUAAAGUUCCUGGCUCCCCCUCCGAAGAGUGGAAACGGUCCCAGUUCUGGGUCAGACUCAAUGGUCAAUGAAUCCCGUCCGGCCGAGGUGAGGCGGCGACAUCACACCAUGGAGCGCGACCGCGGCAACCCCGAGCACCGCUUCUUCCGUCGCAGUGUCAUCAGCGACUGCAAUGCCACGGCGUUGGCUCUCCCUUUGCCUAGCAGGAUCCCCAUACCAGCCGCUCAGCGGAAUCAACAGCGAGAGGCCCCAGUGCAGCGGCAACAGGUUCCUGUCGUCCGUGCACCUCAAGUUGAACAAAGUGUGCCUCGUAAAGUGGAGUCCGCUGAAACUCUGGAAAGCGGAGAGCGGAAAGACCCAGAAAUUACCAAGGUGAACGCAGUACAGACAAAACAGGUGUCUGCAAUCAUACAAGAUGUUUGUGACGCAGAGUUGGUCGUAGAGACCCAGUCAUUGCCAGACUUGAGUCAAAGCGAGGCUGAUAACUCCGCCGACUCAAAGGUACUGCAUGAAGGGGAUGCGGAGGAAGAGGACAAGGACGCCGCCAAAGCUCGUGCGGAGGCAGAGCAGAGGGAAGCGGAGAAGAAAGUGCAGGAGGACAUCGAAGAGGCCGAGACGAAAGCAGUGGGAACAUCGCCGGAUGGACGUUUUCUGAAGUUUGAUAUUGAAAUUGGACGUGGCUCUUUCAAGACGGUCUACAAGGGCUUGGAUACGGAAACCACAGUUGAAGUGGCUUGGUGUGAGUUGCAGGAUCGAAAACUAUCAAAGACUGAGCGGCAGCGCUUUAAGGAGGAAGCGGGGAUGCUAAAGGGCCUCCAACAUCCCAACAUUGUCCGCUUUUACGACUCCUGGGAGGGACCCUCCAAGGGCAAGAAGUGCAUUGUUCUGGUUACUGAACUCAUGACCUCUGGAACACUCAAAACUUACCUGAAGAGGUUCAAGGUGAUGAAGAUAAAAGUGCUGAGGAGCUGGUGUCGCCAAAUCCUCAAGGGGCUCCAUUUCCUUCAUACCCGCGCACCUCCCAUCAUCCACCGUGACCUGAAGUGCGACAACAUUUUCAUCACGGGCCCAACGGGAUCUGUCAAGAUAGGGGACCUUGGGCUGGCCACACUGAAGCGUGCAUCCUUUGCCAAGAGUGUCAUAGGUACCCCUGAGUUCAUGGCGCCUGAGAUGUAUGAGGAGAAGUACGACGAGUCAGUGGAUGUGUAUGCCUUUGGAAUGUGCAUGCUGGAGAUGGCCACUUCAGAGUACCCUUACUCGGAGUGCCAGAAUGCUGCACAGAUCUACCGCAGAGUGACCAGCGGGGUUAAGCCAGGCAGCUUCGAUAAAGUGGCCAUUCCUGAGGUGAAGGAGAUCAUCGAGGGAUGUAUUCGCCAGAACAAAGAUGAAAGGUACUCGAUCAAGGACCUCCUCAAUCAUGCCUUCUUCCAGGAGGACACAGGUGUGCGUGUGGAGCUGGCUGAAGAGGAUGAUGGCGAGAUGGAAGCGAUUAAGUUAUGGCUGAGAAUUGAGGACAUCAAGAAGCUAAAGGGAAAGUACAAAGACAAUGAAGCAAUCGAAUUUUCCUUCGACUUAAACAAGGAUGUCCCGGAUGACGUGGCUCAGGAAAUGGUUGAGUCUGGGUAUGUAUGCGAAGGUGACCACAAGACUAUUGCAAAGGCCAUUAAGGACAGAGUGUCUCUGAUAAGUCGCAAGAGAGCACAACGACAGCAGGUCAGAGAAGAUCAAGAGAACAGAAGAAUUGAAGAAGAACAGCAGGGUCCGAUACAAACAGCCCAGCAACCAAGCCACCCACCCAGCAAAGAGGUGCCUCUCUCUCAGUCGGUGCCGCAGCCAGCCACCUAUGUUCCUCCUCCACAAGCCAAUCAACACAGCACACCCAUGCCAGCUCAGCCAGGGUCCCAGCAGAGCCUCGCCAGUGCUACCUUUAAUACUUCUCAACCCACCCAGCUGACUGGCGUGACACAAGGUGUCUCUUAUGUGCCCCAGUCGGCUGGGCAAGUCCCAAUUCAGAGUCAGAGUUUGGCGCCCAGUCAGCCGGAAUCAGAUGAGCCUGAGGCUGACCUGCAUCAACCCAGCGGCGGAGUUGUACAUACGGGCGACAGGGCUUCUGUCCUUGCUGCUGAAGCUCAGCCUGCUCAGCCGGGAAUGUCCUACUGCGCCCCUCCUAGUCAACAGCUUCAGCCCCAAGUGCAAUGCCCUCAGACACAAAAUGACCAAAUGCAGCCGCAGCAUGUGUCAGGGGUUCAAACCCAGAUGCCAAGUGUCCAGGCCGAACUUGUCCCCACUCUUCCCAGCAGUCAGUCUGUCUCAGUGACACCACAGCAGUAUGGAGUAUACUACCAAUCAUCACUUCCCCCUAAGAUUCCCACCCAGCAGGUAAUAAUGGCAUCAUCCUCCCAGUCAUCCCCUCCACCACCACCACCGCAGCAGCAACAACAACAGCCACCAGAGAACUCUACAGUCCAUCAAAGCUCCUCCCUACCACAGGCACAGGCUGGAACGCAACAAUUACAGGCCGCUGCCAGUCAGUCAACACCAGUUGAACAGUCAGCAGGGCCUACCACUCUCGUGCUGCCGUCUGUGGAAAGCUGUUUGUCAGACGCAGCUUCAGGUCUAAGUGAUGGCAACGAGGGCACUUCAACAUCAGGAGGUCGCCACGAGGGCCGUUCACUCAAGCGGUACCAGAGGCGGUCCGUCCGCAGCCGCUCUCGGCAUGACAAGGGUGCCAAGGCCAAACUGAAUGUUCUGAGUAUUUCAAAUGCAGGUGACAGAGUGGCAGAGUGUCAGCUCGAAACGCACAACAGGAAGAUGGUGACCUUCAGAUUUGACUUGGAUGGUGAUAAUCCGGAGGAGAUUGCACAGAUAAUGGUUGAGAGUGAGUUCAUCCUGGAAAGUGAGCGAGAAUCCUUCAUCGAGCAGGUCCGUGAAGUCAUUGAAAUGGCUGAUGAGAAAGGAGCAGGCAUGAAAGAAGCCUUUCCUCAGAUGAGUGAGCUUCAACAGCAACCAGAGCUUUCAGUUCCCAUGCUGCCUGGAAUCUCCCCCAGCACUACAGCCCAGGUGGUGCAUUCAGCAGGACGAAGGUUCAUUGUAAGCCCAGUACCAGAAUCCCGUUUGAGAGAACAGUUUUUUGGUGCGGCCUCAGCUAAUACCUCUGUUGGCGAUGAGCCUGGCCUAGGGCCCAUGAUGACACUAGGCCUUUCUCUGUCUGCACCCUCUGGGAUUCUGCAGCAGGCUUUCAGCAAAAUGAGGCAAGAUCACAUAGAGAGAGGCAGCAGCAUGAUUGAUCCUCCGAGUGCUGAUCAGGAAGCCAGCGCGGUCCUAGCUAGUGAUGCUGGAUUGGUCCCAAACACUCAGAGUGCUCUGGCUCUUCCCGAAGCGGUACCGUCUACCAAUAGUUCGAGUUUCCCUCAUACUGGGCUCGUAUCCACCGCAACACCUCAGGCACAUCCCCCAAGCGGAAGAGUUUCUCCUCCAGCUGUAUCAUCUCAGUCUCAGACUCCAGCUCCUGUCACGACUGAUUCCCUUCCACCGGCCCACACUUCCCAUGAAACAGCCGCCUCACAGAUGGCACCCACCGUCAGUGUUCCCGCCUCCUCUUCCUCCAUUUCUGCACCGGUCAUGCAGACCUCCGUCCCGGCGGCCCCUGUGCCCCAGCUGAGUGCUAAUACAGCCCCCAUCCCUGCCUCUGAGCCGCAACCUUUUAACAAUGCUGCUAUGUCUUCCCAACCCAUAAAUUCAGCCGCACAUGCAUCUCAGCCAUUGCCCAGUCAAAACCAACACCAGCCGUUAGAGUCUGAGGGCGCUGAGGUUCAGACCAAAGCGGCGGGUAGAGAUGACAUCCAAGCCCUUGACAAGAAGCUGCGAUCCCUUUUUAAAGACCAGAGUGCAAGUUCCUCAAGCACAUCAGUUGAUCCCAGUCAGAACACCGGGACCUCUUCCCCUCCCACCGGAACAACAUCCCCUCCUCCUGGUGCCGCUCUGGUGCCUCCCUCAAACCUCCCACUCACGUCCGGGGUACCGGCCGUCACUUCACUGUCUACAACUACCCCAGGACAAGGGUUAACUCCUGCAGGACAUGCCCAAACGCCCCCAACCAAGCCUAGGGCACAGACUUUACCUACUGGGUUUGACCAAGCUGCUACUCUGCCCUCGGACACUUUACCCCCAUUCCCUGGACCAAAUCAGUCCCAGCAGUUGCCUUUGGGUAAUUUGGAUGCCCAUCUGAGGAGAGCUCUGAGCCCAGAGACUGUUCAGGGGGGCAAUGUAGUCCAGCCUCCAGCAGCCAGUUUCACUCUCGGUCGUUUCCAAGUGUCCGUUGCUCCCGAUGGUGCAUCCAGUGGGGUUCCAGAUCCAGCCAGUGCUGUCUCCUCUUCCUCACUCACAUCCUCCUCCAACUAUACUUCCUCCUCCUCCUCAUCUUCUUCCUCCUCCCCUUCAAGUCCUGAAAACACCCUCCACCGCUCAUCCACUUUGUCCGUCGCAGUGUGUGAAACGGACCACAACAAUGGAGACUCCUCUCUCUCUGCUGGUUCUGCCAGCCAACCCCCUACCAUAGCAAUAGGGCGCUUCCAGGUUUCCACAAGCACCAACGCUUCAUCGGGACAACCUGCUCCUUCCAAAGUGGGACGCUUUUCAGUCACAGUGACAUCAACAGCAGGUUCCAGCCCAUCACACAGUUCGGGUGUCCAAAAUGGGCCUUCCUCUUUAGACCUUCAUAAAGCACACUCUGCGUACAGCAGCGACAACGACGACGACUCGGGAACAGAGGAUGAAGCAUUGCAGAAAGAAGUUAGUCGUCUCCGAGAAAGACACAUGCUGGAGGUUCAGGCCCUGCAGACCCGGCAGAAAGAGGAAAUCGAAGCACUCUUCACCCGACUGGGAAAAACGGCUCCUCCAUCCAUCCUUUCUCCCGCUGUGGCCAUAGCUGGGGGUCGACGCAGGCUCAAGAGCAAAAGCCACAAAUCUCCCCGAAGCAGCGGACAACCAAGCCCAAUAUUCUCUGAAUCUUCAACUUCAGCUCACAGUACUCACGGCUCGGAGUCUACCCCAAAACAAAGUACACCUUUAGCUGCCGAGACUUCCCAAACAGGAGUGGGAACAUCUUUACAAGAACUCAGAUCCUCUCCAUCCUUACCCAGUCUCAGUUGUUGCUCCACAGGAGCAAGUGCGACCACCUCCACAAAUGGCUCAGGUCCGUACCAGAACCACUCGCUUUCCCUGACCCACGCGAGCGGGCCGGCUUCCCUUGCCACCGCUGCUCACACGCAGAAGUGCAAAGGGACCUUCACGGAUGACCUGCACCAGCUGGUGGAUAACUGGGCCAAAGACAUUAGUCUCUCGCAGGGCAAGAGGGGUCCUAAAACUGGAACACAGGCGGCUCAGGGACAUGACGGAAUCCCUCCUGCUAACAUGGGUCGCAAGUUCUCUGCUCCCGGCUACCUCUGCCCGACCCUCCCCACGCCUGCCAGCACCACCACCGGUACCCCCACCACCCCCCACCACCCCAACCCUGCCAAUCCCACCGUCCCCCUGGGCGCCCGGAAAGGCUCCCUGGGCCCGGUCGGCCCGGGUUUCGGGUACGCUUCGGCCUCAUACAGCGCUUCUCAGUGGGCAGGACCCACGGCCAACUGCCAGGUCGGCAUGCUCACUCCCGCCCAGUACCAGCCGCCCAUGGCCGCUCCGGUGUCCAUGCACCAAGGCUACCACAUGGGGACCACCACGCCUGCCACCCAGAAAUCAGUCAGCCACGGAGGAUCCAAUUUAAGGCCUACGUAGCCCAGUCCAGUUUGAAGCACUCACUCACGAGCUCUCUGUGCUUUACUUUUUUUUGUUAGUUUUGUUGUUGUUUUUUAAACAAAAUGAUUACAUGUCGUCCUCUAAGGCAGAUUGAAGUCUGCUGGACCCAGUCAGAGGGAGCGUGCAAUACACACACAUCCACACAGCAUACAUUCGGCCCACCUGUUUGCUGUGAAAUUGAGCUGUGAUGAGCUGAUUGGUCAGCCAAAGAUGUCUUUAUUUUCUUGUUGUCAAGGGCGGAUGUGCACCAUGCACAAAAAUUCAGGAUAGUUGACCUUUUGGGGAAAUUUCAGGAUGAAUUUACAAUACAUUCGGACCUUUACAGCUAAUCUUAAUUUGACCGUUUCUUAGCCUUCUGUGGUUAUUCUAGUCUCAUAUCUUAGUUGUACCCUCCUGAUGCCACUCUUGACUUUAUUUUCUAUGCGUUUCUUUGACUCCUCCAGUCUCUGCUGCAUUGUGCUGAUGAUGCUUUAAGUUGGCUGGCCCCUUCCCUCACCAUUGCAAGGCUUCACAUAGUCCAAAAUAUUGGAAGAGAUACAUAAAGACAUACAAGCUGAAAUGUCUUUGUCAAUUAAUGAAUCAAAGAUUAAGAGUGUCAUUAGCACGUUGAAACGGAUACUGAAGGAAAAGGCAUGCAAAGGUGUCUAUAUGCCUUUCUGUGCUGCUUCCGGUCUCUGAGGAGUCACAGAAAGACAUUGAAGGGGACGGACAGCCUUGGAACGACUCGUAAGAGACCAGCAAGUCGAAAAAAAAUUACUAAAGCGUUCAGAACUCUAGACAAAGUUGGUUGUAGUGCAUUUUAGGUUCACCCCCGAAAUUACACCUGCAGGCCCAACAUGCCUCACUUUUUGUCAUUAGUGUACUGUAUGUUGUUCUCAUUUCAAGCCAAAAGUGGGAUGGUGAACACGGAGUAAAUAUUGACCUGCUUGUGGGAAGGGAGGUUAAGUUGUGCCAGAGAGAGGGAGUGUGCGAGAGCAAGUCGAAAGAGUCUAAGUUGAGCAGGAGUGUGACGAUGGUUUGCGAUAUGUACACGGUGAAGUCAAUGCAAUAAUUAAGGAGAGAAGCAACUGCCCCCUUUUGUAACUGUGGCCUUAUUCCCUGAAGACAUUUUUGUACAUAGAUAUUCAACAUAUUUAUGUCUGGUGUCAUUUGUGAUUUUGCAUGUUUUUUUUUUUAAACAAACCGACUUGGAAUUUAAAACAAACAUAAAAAGGCAUCCUGGUGUUGAGCGCCGCAAAGUGGAGGCGAUGCUGCUGUAAAUCACAAUAUGGCUCGGAGUGUUUACUUUUUGUUUUUUUGUUUUUGUAUUUGUUGGUUUACACUUGAAUUGAACGAAUCCCACGAAUCCCACGUUGGUGACACGCAAAGCCACAAAACUCACUCAAGUCAAAUAAUUUAGUAUUUUGUUUGUUUUCAGACAGCCUACAAAAUAAUUAGCCGCUUCAUUAGUGGGGUUCCCUCCUUUUCUGUGGUCCUGUUUUUUGUACUCAUCUAUUUAAUAAACAGAAAUGUUCUUUAUGGACCUGUAUUCAGCCAUCAGAUUUUGAUGUUGUCUCACUGUAAUUACUAUUAAAGGUUGUUAAACAACAUGUAGUUAAAGGAAUAUUAAAGUGCAAUGGCAGGGUUUGUUAUUAUCUCAAUGUACUCUUUCAUCCUGCUGUAUAUUAAGCUAUUCUAUCUCCCUGUAGGACUUCCCUGCCCAACCAACCGCUUCCUUCUUACUUUCUUGCUUUUGCUGUUAAUUGUACAUACUCAAGUUUAAUAUGCGGCUAUCUAUUUUUAUUUUAUUUUGUUUAAAUACACACAAUGCACCGAGACUAGAAAACGCACUCACACUCUAACCUCGGGAAAUGUGAGGAACACUUUUAGUGCCUUGCACCCUCACUAUUAAGUUCUAUGACAAGCGGUUGGAACAUGUAUUCCAUAUCUUUGUUCUCAAACUGAAGGUCCAUUUACCAUUCCACUCAGUUCUCAUUUGUAGUGGAGCAACUAGGUGUUUCUAAUAGAUUACAACUGUCUACUAGUUGACUGACAUCUGUGUGCCACCAGUACUACUGAAGGUCAAAUGAACACAUUUGAUACCCUUCUCAGGGUCCGUGUACUAGUACAUUCUCUGUCUUCACUAUUUAGACAAUUCGGUGCACUCGAAGGAUGACAGUGUCUUACUAGUGACUUUUUUUCCACUACUUUCUGCACUCUAAGAGGAACACCUCGAGGAGUUCAAGUACACGUUACUUUGGGGGUGGGGGACCACAUUAGUUUAUCUGCAUUCUACUAGUGACACUCCAUGUCAACUAGUAGAAUUUUGUCACUAUUAGCACAGUUAUCAACGCGCACACAUUUUUUUCUCCUCUAGUAACAUAGUUGUCCUACUCAAGCCAAAAAAGUGUAUUUGUGAUAUGUAUUUGAUAUUCGUAUACAGUACUAGUAUCUUCUUCAUCCUCACCUUUGGGACAAUUCGGCCAACUAGUAGACCCACAGAAGGACUCUCGCUUCUGAGUCAUGUUAUUUCAAAUACUCCUCCCACUUUGUAUCCUAAUACACAAUUGAACCUAACUAGUAAUCUACUGUGCUGUAUUAGUCAUGCUUAUUGGCUCAAGUAGUUGGCAUGCAUCACACACUAGUAGCCAUCUGUGCACCAAAAUAGUCAUUAAUAGGUUUGCUUCACUAGUUGUGUCUCAUCAACUUACUAGUAUGCCAAAGUGUUCCUACUAAGCAAUGCAGAAAUGCCAUACAGUGGUGAAAGGCAAACGUUAUGAAGGCUAGUCCUACCAUAGUUCCAAAUUGACUUGUUUAGCGUACUAGUGCAUAGAUCUUAAAUUAGAUGUCAAGGAUAUGGAAUAUAUGUCAAACUGCUUUCCCCACAUGUACUAUCGAGGCCCCUGUACGCAAUGUGAACGCACUGCAAUGUAGAGGUUGGAAAUGUUCUGGUUAUUCAUUGCUUCUACUCUGCUCAUUCUUGUGCUUUGGGCUAGCUUUUUUUUUCUCCCUGAUUUUUAUGGAUUUCUCAUUAAACCAUUUCACAGAUGCACUCCAGCGGCCUGCUCAUAGUUUGGACAACUAUGGUAGUUAAAACUUCUCUAGAGAAAAAAGUAAGUUCCUGCAAUGCAGAAUAUGCAAAGUUUUAUAGGGAUGGAGGGUUCAUGGAGUCAUUCGCAUGCCGACGAGAGUUACUGACUUCACUGUUUUUUGAUACGGGAAUACUAUUCGGUUUGUUUGCCUUUUCGGGUCAUCACCAUGUCCCCCCCCAAUUCACAUCCACCAAUGUCACACGCACAAGUUGAAUAGUGGCGUCUAUAACUCAUUGUGUUCUCUGCAUGCCAGCUUCACCAGUGUUCAAUCUGAUAUCCACUGUACAGCACAAACUUAAGAAGAUCCGUGAAAGACCUCGAAAAACAAGACGUGAGGCUACUGACACAUUUCUGCUCGACUCUUCUUUCCGUAUUGAUUUCCUGUGAUUUGGUGUCUGGUUUUUGUGUAUGUUUUUCCACAUUGUACAAAAUGUAAAAACAAAUUAAAAAAAUAUGAAUUACA